GGUGCAGCAUUGAAAAUCGGCCAAAUACUAAGUAUACAGGAUUCUAAGGUGGUGUCACCGCAGCUGGCUAAAGCUUUUGAACGUGUACGCCAGGCGGCCGACUAUAUGCGAUGGCAAGUAGAGCGCGUAAUGAUCACACAAUUGGGCGCCGAUUGGCGUAAUCUUUUGGAAAGUUUCGAUGAGAAACCAUUUGCGGUGGCUUCCAUUGGGCAGGUACAUCGCGCUACAUUGAAAGGUGGCAUGCAAGUGGCUAUAAAAAUUCAAUAUCCUGGCGUUGCGCAAAGCAUCGAAAGUGAUAUUGAUAAUUUAGUAGGCAUGCUCAAAGUAUGGGAUGUCUUUCCGCACGGCUUCUUUAUUGACAAUGUGGUCAAGGUGGCCAAACGUGAACUAAAUUGGGAAGUAGAUUAUACACGUGAAGCUGAAUAUACAGAUAAAUUUACGCAGAUGAUUGCACCUUAUCACGAGUACUAUGUACCGAAGGUCAUUAAAGAAUUGACCACAAGCAGCGUACUGACUACAGAAUUAGUGCCAGGUGUACCAUUGGACAGGUGCUUCGAUUUAAGCUAUGAGCAUCGCCAUCACAUUGCUUCGUCUAUACUCAAGUUGUGCUUGCGUGAGCUGUUCGAGUUGGAAUGCAUGCAAACCGAUCCGAAUUGGUCGAAUUUCCUUUAUGAUGUUGAUACGAAGAGACUAAUGUUAAUUGAUUUUGGUUCAACGCGUUUUUAUCAAAAGCAAUUCAUACGUAAUUAUCGGCAGGUAAUAACGCACGCAGCAGAGAAUAAUCGUGAAGGUGUCUUGCGCAUGUCACGCGAAAUGGGUUUUCUCACAGGUUAUGAAACCAAGCAAAUGGAAGAGGCGCAUGUGGAUGCUGUUAUGAUACUUGGCGAAAUAUUUCGCUUUGAUGGUGAUUUUGAUUUCGGCCGGCAGAACACCACCGAACGCAUUGCACAUUUAGUACCCACAAUGGUCGCACAUCGCCUUUGUCCACCGCCAGAGGAAAUCUAUUCCAUACAUCGCAAAUUAUCUGGUAUAUUUUUGCUGUGCUCACGCCUAAAUGUACGACUUAAUUGUCGGCCGUACUAUGAUGAAAUUGUUAUUCAGAAGUUCAAGGAGUAAUAUUGGAAAGGCACAAACUGUUAGGUAUAUAUACAGGAAGAAAUGUUUACUUUAGAAAAAUGCAUAUAAAAAUAUAUACGUUGCCUUUAUAAUACGAUCGCCUUGC